AGGACAAUGGUGUCACUACUUCUUCUUCUUCUAUGUCUAACUCUUCCUCUGCUUCUAUUGUUCUUCUUCCACAAACAUAAAACCAUUAACAAUCCACCCCUUCCACCUGGUCCUAGAGGCCUUCCAAUAAUCGGUAAUCUUCAUCAACUAGACAACUCUGUUCUUUAUCUCCAACUAUCGACCCUCUCAAAGAUAUAUGGUCCCUUAUUCUCACUUCAACUCGGUUCAAGGCCAGCUAUUGUUGUUUCAUCACCUGAAAUUGCAAAAAAGGUACUCAAAAACAAUGACCUUGUGUUUUCUAAUCGACCUAAAUUACUUGGCCAACAGAAAUUGUCCUAUAAUGGGUUAGAGGUUGUAUUUUCCCCAUACAAUGAUUAUUGGAGAGAAAUAAGAAAAAUUUGUGUUGUCCAUAUCUUUAGCUCUAAGCGUGUCUCAUGUUUUUAUUCUACAAGAGAGUUUGAGGUCAAGCAAAUGAUCAAAAAGAUAUCAGGGCAUGCUUCUUCUUCUGUUGUUACAAACUUGAGUGAGUUACUCAUUUCUCUUUCAAACAGUAUAAUAUGUAGAAUUGCUUUUGGGAGAAGGUAUGUGGAUGAAGGAUCUGAAACGAAAAGGUUCCAUAGGCUGCUUAGUGAGUUUGAGGCCAUGAUGGUAACUUUCUUUGUUUCGGACUAUAUUCCAUUCAUGGGUUGGAUUGAUGAACUCACAGGAUUGAAUGCACGUCUUGAACGAAUUUUCAAGGAGUUUGAUAAGUUUUAUCAAGAGGUCAUUGAUGAACACUUGGAUCCAAAUACACAGCGCACAGAGGAACAUGAUAUAGUUGAUGUCUUGCUUCAAUUGAAGAAACAAAGUUCGUUUUCAAUUGAUCUCACUUAUGAACACAUCAAAGGGGUCCUCAUGGACUUGCUUGUAGCAGCAACGGAUACCACUUCAGCCACAUCAAUUUGGGCUAUGACGGCCCUAAUAAAAAACCCAAGAGUAAUGAAGAAAGUUCAAGAAGAAAUUAGGAACUUGGGAGGUAAAAAAGAUUUCUUAGAUGAAGAUGAUGUUCAAAAGUUUCCCUACUUGAAGGCAGUGAUAAAAGAGACAUUGAGAUUGCACCCACCAAACCCACUACUUGUGCCAAGAGAAUCAAGUGAAAAAUGCAUUAUAGAUGGCUAUCACAUUCCAGCCAAGACAGUAGUGUAUGUGAAUGCUUGGGCUAUUCAUAGAGACCCUGAGGCUUGGAAAGACCCAGAAGAGUUUUAUCCUGAGAGAUUCUUAGACAGUGCUAUAGAUUUUAGGGGUCAAGAUUUUGAACUAAUUCCUUUUGGAGCAGGUCGUAGAAUUUGCCCAGGUUUGCCUAUGGGGGUUGCUACAUUGGAACUUAUCCUAGCUAAUCUUCUUAAUUCCUUUGGUUGGGAAUUGCCACGAGGGUUGGUAAAGGAAGACAUAGAUACUGAAGUGUUGCCAGGAAUUACCCAACACAAGAAGAAUCCUCUCUGCCUUUCUGCCAAGAGCCGGAUGGACUGA